GUUGACUUUUCAGUUUGUAAAUUAAUUUUGAAGUGAAAGGCUGCAGAAUUUUUUAACACGCAUCCAAAAUGUUGAUUUAUGUUUUAUUAUUAAUUUUAAGCUACUUGGCUUAUAAGUGGAUCAUAAGAAAUAAUGAUUAUUUUGAAGGAAAAGGAAUUCCUUAUGCCAAGGCUAUGUUUCUGAUGGGAUCGAAUAAUAUUUUUUCAACUAGAAGAUCACUUCCAGAGGUUGUUAUGAACUGGCAUAAAACAUUCAAGAAUGACAAAGUUUCAGGUUUCUUCGAAUUCAUGAAACCAAUUUAUAUCGUGAGAGAUCCACAACUUAUUAAACAGCUGACUGUUAAGGAUUUUGAUUCAUUUUCUGACCAUCGUGUGUUUAUUACUGAAGAUAUUGAUGUACUUUUUGGAAAAGCUUUGAUUUCACUUAAGGGACAGAAAUGGAAAGACAUGCGUUCGACAUUAUCGCCAGCAUUUACAGGCAUGAAAAUGAGACUUAUGUUUGACUUUGUUGCAACUGUUGGUAAACAAACUGCGUCCACAUUGCGUCAAAAGAUAAUCCAAGGCGGUGACAAGAACUUUGAAUUUAAGGAAUUGGCAACAAAGUUUACAGUGGACAAUAUUGCAUCAUGUGCUUUUGGCAUCAAUGUAAAUUCGUUUGAGAAUCCAGACAAUGAUUUCCAUGAAAUUGCAACAGAGUUUUUAAACUUCACAAAAUUCUCAAAUGUUCUAAAAUUCGUAGGAUUUAUUUCAGUUCCAUCGUUGAUGAAACUUUUUGACAUCAAAUUUUUCAGCAACAAACUUGUCAAUUUUUUCCAUGAAGCAACAAUUGAAACGAUGAAAGUUCGUGAACAGAAAGGAAUUGUAAGGCACGACAUGAUUAAUUUGUUAAUUCAAGCUAAGAAGGGAAAAUUAGUUCACGAUGAUAAUAAAGAAGAGAUUGCUGAUGGAUUUGCGACUGUUGAAGAAUUUGAGAAUGAAAAAUCAUCAGCAAAACGAAAGUGGGAUGAUUUAGAUUUGGUGGCUCAAUGCUUUAUUUUCUUCUUGGCAGGAUUUGAUACAGUUGCCACAGCAAUGACAUUUAUGGCUUAUGAAUUAGUUGUCAAUCAAGACAUCCAACAAAAACUAUUUGAAGAAAUAUCACAAGUGGAAGAGGAACUAGGAGGGAAAUUAUUGACAUAUGAGAAGCUUCAAACUAUGAAGUAUAUGGAUCAAGUUGUAUCAGAAGCACUGAGAAAAUGGCCACCAGCACCUGUUACAGACAGAAUUUGUACAAGAGAUUAUAUAGUCAAAUAUGAUGACAAGUCAUUUGUCAUUGAGAAAGGAAUGAAUUUCAUGAUUCCGAUUUGGGGAAUUCAUAAUGAUCCAAGAUAUUUCCCAAAUCCUGAAAAGUUUGAUCCUGAAAGGUUUAGCGAUGAAAACAAAAAGAAUAUCCAGGAUUCAACUUAUUUACCAUUUGGUUCAGGAAAUAGAAAUUGCAUUGGAAGUAGAUUCGCAUUGAUGGAAAUGAAGACAGUAUUUUACUAUCUCUUGCUGAACUUUAAGCUCGCUGUGACAGAAAAGACUAAAAUUCCACUAGAAUUGAAGAAAAUUCCUGUUGGGAUUAAAAUUGAAGAUGGAGUUUGGGUCGGAUUGGAACCUCGAUAAAUUUAAUUUGAUUUUGUUUACGUUUUUUAUUCAGGUUGAUGAACUCUUGAUUUGUAAAAGAUUCUUGUUUUGUCAAACUAAAUUGAGAACUUAUAAAAAUUUGCAAUAAAAAAAUAUUUUUAAUAAAAUUUUGAAAUCAA